ACGAUAAGGUCACACACAAUUCUUCGAUAUGUGCACUGUUGGGCCAAGCGUAGGGACGAUUAGUCCAGUACACCGCCCUUUGCUUCUAUGUGCAUUUCGUAAAAAAUAUUGGAAAUGUUUAUUGCUAUCUGCAUUCAUUUACAUAUGUCUAACUGCAUCUCUCAGCUGCUGGUUUUACAAUUCAAACAACCCAAAUUCAGGGUGUACCCGGACGCAUUCCUUCAUUCCAUUGUCUCUACUGAUGAUGUUUUAUGUUAUUUAUUUGAUUGAAUGUUGGAGAAAUUCACCCCACAUCAUGCCUUUCGUCUCGAGAGAAUAUGUGCAUCAGCAUAUUCACUUGAUACGUCAUGCAGCUCCUGUUAUUUGGUGGAGAGUAAUUUCCUAUCAUUUUGCCAGAAGAUCUAGACAAAUUGUACGAUAUAGGAACGGAAUAUCAACCACUACGACUCAGGUUUAUUAUGAACGAACAAACAGUCACGUUGACGAACAAGAAUUCGAAUAUUCGAACUGUGGGGUUCGGGAUGUUUCAGAUGAAAUUAUAAACGUGGGAAAACAUUCACUGGUCGUCAUAAAUUUUUCAAAAUGUUUCAGCUUUGCCAAUUUAGCUUGUGAGAAUCAAUAUCUUGGACAGAGAUGUGAUUUUUUCCGAGCGAAUCAAACUUGGGACAGCUAUCUGGAAGCCAAAGAAGGAAUGAAAUUGAGAAACGUAGAAUGGAAAGAUCAGUUUAUCAUAUGUGAAGAUCCCGACCAUCCGCCAUUGUUUGCAUCAUCACAUGUCUAUUGGUUAUUCUCUAUAUUUGUGUGUUCAUGGUUUCUCAGAGUUUUUCUGGACCACAAAGCAGCCAUCGUAAAUUAUCAGGUAGAAAAGCUGUUUGGGGAUGCUCCACCGCCAUCUAACGGCGAAACUACAUGCGCCCCCAUCGCGAGAGUAGCUACAAUGGAUAGCACAGAAAUGGAAUGGCAAAUACAAACUAACCAACUCAGAGUUCCGUCGUAUGGAGAAGCCACUAGAGACGUGGGAGAGCAAUAUUCAGAUAUCCCACCGCCUUCGGGUAAUGAAGAUGAUUACAGAGAGAAUAUGUUUUCACAGAUUCGCUAUAAAUAUCCGUCAAAUAGAAGCUCUCGUGACGCAGCAGCGACAUCUAUGAAUCGGACACGAAGUUGGAUUAGAGAGGCUAGGAGGCGCAGCCUUGUGACGUCAGUGAGGCGUUCCGUAUCCCAACUUUUUGGAAGACCCAUCACAGAGUCAGACGAUGAUGACACUACGUUGCUCUCAGAUAGUCCUCAGCGCAGGAUACACCCUACAGGACGUCCUCUUUCAGAAGCUCCACCUACAUAUUCAGAAGCAAUGGAGCUCCAUCGAAUAUUGGGAUUUUAUGAUAUAAGUAACCGCUUCAAUAAUGCCGAAUUUGAUGUAGUUAGAAGCGAACAUAAUCUGCAUCGUGUCCAAGCUGACAGCGUAAAUAAUGGACCACGUCGCGGUGUCGGUUAUCGAAACUACUAUCGACGCAAAAGGCCGAACCAGCUACGAGUUAGGUCGCAGUACGGCGCUACAUCGACAGAUAGUCAAUCGAACAGAUUAUCCCGGGACGCCAUUACUGGCCCUGCCGCCAUAACUGGAACAAGAAAUUUAAAUUCUACUGAAUUUUCAGUUGCAACAGACGGAAAAGACUCUCGUUUAGUUGAACCUGGUGAAAUGUCAAAUGGAAAUAGUGCUGGUUAUAACCAAACAAAUUUUACAUUCACGGAAAGACAAAAUGAAGAUAUGAACUCGUCAGCUGCUUGUACUUCUGUGCAAAACGAUAACUUUAAUUUAAAUGGUAGCAGUCACUAUAAUACUUCAGCAAACCAUGGCUCAAUUACAGAUGAUCAUGGAUCGAGAACCGCUUGAACUUUCAAAGGUAUAUGACAAUCAUACAGCUACCGCAAGGCAACGACAAAACUUUGGGCGAUUCGUUCCAAAAGACGCACAAUCAGGUAAAUCAUUACCUGGUAGCGACUUCAACUAGUCUUCUGAGCACGUUCCAGCACGUUACUAAUCGUUUGCACCUUUUCUUGAGUUAAUUUUCUAUAUUUUGCGUUUGUUUUUCAGUAAUCUAACAGUGAGCAAAAAUACAAUAAACUAUAGAUACUAUUUUUUGCAAAAA